CAAACACCAACACCAACCACAACACAACACCAACCAACCACAAGAUGAACCAGCUCAUCAAGGAUCGCUCUGUCGCGCUGGGUGCCGGCCCUCACACCGCUCAGCGAUCCAGCGUAGGUGUCCUGCCUCACGAAGCAUCAGACGCUGACCUGUGGGAGCAAGUGAAGAAGAAAAACAGCUCUGUCAUCGGCACUCUGUCCCCCGCCCCAGAGGACCAGCAGGAAGCUAGACAAGCAGAGCAGCCCCCAAAGGUGGCGAAGAUGGAAGGUGAGACAAGCGAUGCAGAAGAGGAACCCAGGCCAGAGGAGAAUGACAGCGAUGAAGACGAUAGCGGCACCAACUCCUUUGAGACCGCGCGGGCAGCCUUCAAGAACCAGCUCGCCUCCUGCCUUGUGCGCUCCCCAGGCCUGCCAGCACCCCGGCGUCCGGGAACCAAGCGCGAGCUUUCUCUGGGCUCAGCGCACGCCUCUUCUUCCACAGACGACACAGAAACCUAUCGCCCCCGCCUGGUCUCCCAGUCGCAAAAGGAUCGCAUUGCCCUCCUCCGCGCCUCAAAGAUGACCCGGUCCCGGCCUGCCCGCUCCCGCUAUAUUCGCGUGGACGCAUCGUGCUCCGUUGUCGACGACCACGGCGCUGCGCCAUCCUCAGGCCUCUCCCGAGACACAACCCCUGUGCCCGCUGCUGCGACAAGCGAACACGAGCACGGGCAUAAGAGAGAUGCGCCAACGACUAUGCACGCCCGUGGCUCGUUGGCUGCUCAACACAAGGCAGAGCCCACACCCAUCAAGAAGCCGUCGCACUCGCUGCCUGCAAUUCACCCGCUCCACAACGCAAACGCGCAGCAGCCGGCACGCGCCGCAAGCCACCACGGCAGCCACGACCACCACGACCACCAGCAUGAGCACAACACCAAGCAGCAGCAACAACAGCAGCAAGAGCAACACGGACACGAGCACAAGCGUCACAGCAUGCACGACAUGCUCACAAAACUGCUUCACCCACACCAGCAGCACCAGCAACAUCAUGAAGAAGUGCGUGCAAGCAAAGCAGAGCCGGCAGCGCAGGCCGAAGAAAUCAAAGACAACGGCAUCACGUGCGAUCAGACACCAUUGAGCGUCAAAGAGGAUAUGAAAGAGGAGCCUGAUAGCGCACCGCCAGCACCCGUUGAGGCAGCAGCCGUGCCAGCAGACAAGGGAGCCGAAGCAUCGGAGGAAGAGCAAGAGGAUGAAGUCAAAGAGGAACAGGUUGAAGCAGAAGACGCAAAGCAGCAACACCGUCCAUCCCUCACCCUUCAACCUCAGGAGAACAUCGUCUCAGCGCAAGCAGAGGAGGAAGGCGAAUGUUCCUCGCUGCACGAAGGCAACGACAAGGACAACGUGCCCGAAACCACCGCUGACCAGGGCGACAACAGCACGGAGGAAGGCGAGCAGCCCACGUCACCGGUUGUGCAGUUGCUGCAGCACGCCUCCUCUCAUUCGACGUCGUGGGGCGACAACCUGCGCGCAGAGCUCAUGCAGCGGCUCUCUGUCCGCACUCCUUCGCGUGACAGCGACCUCGCUAGCCACUCGGACUACAUGCAGAUCAAGGGCGGCGCGCCUGAAGUGGACGACGACACGGUCACCACCGUGCAAUUGCCUGCAGGCACGCACUCAAAUGUUGGCAAUCUCGCUGAGGACGAAGAGGCGACAGCCGGUCUCGCCAGGCAGCCCACCAUUACCAAGGGCGUGGAAGGCAGCCCCAGCCGUAGGAAGUUCAAGUCAAAGAAGGCGAUGAGCCGCCGCCAGCACAGCAGCGACGCCGAGGACACGCUUGCCGAGGUGGACGAAGAAGACGAGGAGAGCAUGGUUGAAGAACAACAGUCGGUGCCCCAGCAACCAACCGGGCACGCGCACCAGGAUGCGAAGCGGGAGGAAGACGACGUGUCGGCCGGUGUUCCUGAUGACACCAAGGCCGAGGAGGCAACAACUGCCGUAGCGGGCGCAGCACCGGUGUCAGAGGAGGACAAUGACGAGGAAGAUGGGGAUGUUACGAGUGCAAUGCAGGAGCAAGCGGAGCAGGAGACAGCGGCGCAAUCGAAGCAGGGCGAGGCAGAGAAGAAGCAAGCGGCGUCACCAGCAAAGAUGACGCGGGCUGAGCGGCGGGCCGAGAAGAAGAAGGAGAAAGAGGCAAAGAAGGCCGCAAAGAAGAAGAAGAAGCCAGUGCCCCUCCCGCGAAAGUCAUCCAAGUCCCUGUCCACAAGCCAAGGAGAGGAAGGCCCACAGCAACAGCAAGAAGUGUGCCGUGCCAAGCCGCCCGCACCCAAGACGAAGCCCAAGCCCAAACGCGAGUCGGCCGCGAAUCAGCAGGAUGGCACGCAGAAGCGGGGGCUCGUGUCGCGUGUGCUUGCACACAUGUCCCCGCACCGCUACACCACGCGCCGUGGCAGCAACGUCAGCAGCAACAACGUCAGCCGCGACCGACUUGGUCAACACGAGGCGCCAGCGCAAGAGAGCAGCAACGCUGCCGGUGCCAGCGAGAAGGGUACGGCGGACACGUCCACGACCAACAACAACAACAACAACAGCAGCAGCACGUCGACGUCGUCACGGUUCUCCAUGCCGCGAUGGAAAUGGGAUCUCCUGCAGCGCAAGCGGAACAAGAGCGCGGCCUCAUCCAAACGCGAGAGUCUCGACACCGUCCCACCGACAACAGAAGCAGCAGCGACAACAACAACGACGACAACAGCAGCAACAGUAGCAACAACAACAGCAACCACGACUGCUUCUGCCACGGCAGCACGCCCUCCACCGCUGUCACCCCCGACAUCCCCGACAUCGCCAACGUCUCCAAGUGCACCAAAGAGAACGUCGUCUGGGUUCUGCUCGCCACCAAUGUCUCCGCUGCCGUGCAAUGACGACGGCACAGAGCUGCAGGAGAAGCUCGCACGUGCUCGGCGCAUGGCAGAGUCGCAAGAGAAGCGCAGGGCCUCGUCCCAGGCGCCACAGCCGCACACGUCGUCGACCACCGACCGCCGCAGUCGCGGCCACUUCCACCGCCGGGAAAACCUGUCCAUGAUGCAAUCGCUGCAGCAGCAAGACGACAUUUCGGAAACGGAAUUCAACGCCCUUCCACCCUGGAAGCAGGAAUUUAUUCUCAGGCACAGGCGGAAGCAAAAGUACCUGCAGUCUGCUCACGCCACAAACUUGUGACCUCAUGAAUGAAGAAGGAUGAGUCACAACUCCUUCCAGCUCCUUCCAACUGUCACUGCGGGCCCGUUUUCUCGUUCCUGGUCGCUUGGUGCCUUGCUCAGCCCAUGUGUGGCUGCCCUGUUCUUGAUAGAGGCGUCAGCUUUCUCCUUUGAGCUUGCUUUCUGUGUUGUUUGGUCUCGUUACGACUGCUCUUUGUUUCCCUGCUUGACUGCUUCUGUUGCAUUCGCUCAUGCGCGCAGUACACGCACCCAGUACAUACACGCACCGUAAAACAUGAACAAAAC